CCAACGCCGGGGCCUGUUUUCCUAAGCAAGAUCCCGAGCGUGGUGGCAGUCACAUGAUCUCGACAGAUGACUUGGAGUAUCCACGAGAGUACCGGACGCUGGGGAACAGCGCCCGACGCUUCUCCAAUGUGGGCCUCGUGCACACAUCGGAGCACCGUCACACAGUCAGCGCCGCCCAGAGUCUGGAGGCGCUGACCAACCUGCACAAGGCCGACAUGGAACGCAAGAGGGAUGCCUUCAUGGACCACCUGAAGAGCAAGUACCAGCAGCAGCAACAGCUGCAGCAUCCGCACCACAGCCCGCACCACAACCCACCAUCGCCCUCCCCCUCCCACGCCAGCAUGAGGGGUACAUCAGAGCGGUCAGCACGAGAACAGCAACAGCCCAACUACUGGAGCUUUAAGAGCCGCAGUCCACGGCAUUCCCAGUCUACCCAGUCUGGGCUUGCCGACCAGGCCGCCAAGCUCUCCUUUGCAUCCGCUGAAUCCCUGGAGACCAUGUCAGAAGCCGACAUGCCCAUUGGGUUCAACCGGAUGAACCGAUUUCGCCAGAGCCUGCCGCUGUCCCGCUCUGCCAGCCAGAAUAAGCUACGAUCUCCAGAUGAAUUUUCAGGCGUACUGUUCCUGCAGUAUGGAGAUGAGACACGUCGGGUUCACAUCACCCACGAGCUGAGCAGCCUGGACACGCUGCACGCUCUCAUCGUGCACAUGUUCCCUCAGAAGUUGACAGCAGGUAUGCUGAAGUCACCCAACACGGCCAUCUUGAUCAAAGACGAGGCGCGCAACGUCUUCUACGAGCUGGAGGACGUCCGGGACAUCCAGGACCGCAGCAUCAUCAAGAUUUACCGCAAAGAGCCCAUCUACGCCUCCUACCCUGCUGCUGCACACCUGGCUAACGGAGACCUGAGGAGGGAGAUGGUGUACUCCUCUCGCGACUCCUCCCCAACUCGCCGCCUCAACACCCUACCCUCUUCUACAGCCUCGGGGUCCUCUGGCUCUCCAUCCCGCUCACGCCUCUCCUACAGUGGCGGCCGUCCUCCCUCCUUCACUGGGUCCCAUUCCCAGCAUGACCAGCCCCGACAUCCCCAUCAUCCUUCAGCCGGCCAUGGUGCCAACGCAGGCCUGUCUCCUUCGCCUAGCGCCAUCCUGGAGCGCCGCGACGUGAAGCCUGAUGAAGAAGUUUCUGCAAAAAAUAUGGCCCUGAUGAAGAAUGAGUCGCUGUACGCAGAUCCCUACAGCCUGAUGCACGAGGGCCGCCUCAGCAUCGCCUCCACCCAGUCGUUAGCUGCCAUCGGAGACCCCUUUAGUUUCCCCGUUUCCAGUGGCCUGUACCGCCGUGGUUCUGUGCGCUCUCUCAGCACCUACUCAGCUGCUGCUCUUCAAGGAGACCUGGAGGACUCCCUCUACAAGCCUGGAAAUUCGCUCUACUCUGACACAUACUCCUCAGCCACAUUGGGCAUGGGUUUUCGCAUGCCACCCUCAUCCCCGCAGAAAAUCCCUGAUAUGCAGCUGAGAGACAGGGACUCCUAUUCCAGCUCACCCAGCAGAGCUUCGCCUGUCAGGCAGACCUUCCGCAAAGACUCCGCCUCAUCCUCGGUGUUUGUGGAGAGCCCAAAAUCGCGGCCCAGCUCCAGUUCAGAGCCUCUGUGUCUGACAGCUGGGCCUGGGGAGGGCGGCAGGGCCACGCCCGGCUUUGGGUCUUCAUUGACUGGACAGGACUCUGACAGCAGCAGGGAUCAUCGCCUGGAGCGCAUGGAGGCGAUGGAGAAGCAGAUCGCCAGCCUUACUGGCCUGGUCCAGAGUGUGCUGACCAGAGCACCAGACAGUGACAGCACAUGCGGCCUGCUGCGUCUCUGCAUGAUGGCGGGCUGCCCUCCGGACCAAGGGACGGAGUUCUCACGGCCAUUACCUUUCUCUUCCAGUGACAAGACCGAAACCAACAGCGACGGCUCCGCCACUGGAACUGGACGGCUGAAGAAGAAAGCUCAUACACCGUCUGCACCUCUUGCGCUGAUGCCGCCGCCACCUUCCAACACAAGCCAGGUGAACAGCGUGGGCCGUUUGCAGAUGCAGCUCCACCUUCAUGGCCUGCAGCAGAACGCCACAGACCUGCGCAAACAGCUCAGCCAGCUACGCAAGAUACAGAUGGAGAACCAGGAUUCAGUGCGAACUCUGUUGAAGCGGACAGAAGCGGAGCUUAGUGUGCGCGUGGCCGACGCCCUGAGGAAGCAGGAAGAUCCUCUGCAGAGACAGCGCCUCCUGGUGGAGGAGGAGAGACUCAAAUACCUCAAUGAGGAGGAGCUCAUCAUCCAGCAGCUCCACGACCUGGAGAAGUCAGUGGAGGAGAUCCAGAAGGAGUCGUCUGUCAACCACAAGCUGGUGACAGUGCAGGAGCUGGAGGAGAAGGCCACUGUUCUGAGAAAGCUGGGAGAGACACUCACAGAGCUGAAAAAUCAGUUCCCAGGUCUGCAGAGUAAGAUGCGGGUGGUGCUUAGGGUGGAGGUGGAGGCUGUCAAGUUCCUGAAAGAAGAGCCACACAGGCUUGAUGCCCUGUUAAAACGCUGCAAGACUAUAACUGACACCCUCGCCACUAUGCGCAAACAAGCCAAUGAGGGGGUGUGGAAGAAGCAGGAGGACUUCUCGAAUCCUUCAUCAAAGCACAACGACGAGUUGCGAAAGUUUUCAGACUUUGACAUCCCCACCAGCCCGCCACUCACUAUCAAUGACCUUGGGGUAGGCAACAGCCUGUCAAAUUGGAGCCCUCACACCAGCCUCAGCCGUGGCCACGGAAACAUGUCCAGCCCUCACAAGGACAAUCAUCCUCCUGUUCCCCACAAGGGCAAAGCCCUGGAGGAGCUCGAACGCCGUGCUUUAGCUGACAAAGCUUUGUCCGUGGAGGUCCGACUGGCUGCAGAGCGGGACUGGGAGGAGAAGCGUGCCAGUCUGACCCAGUACAGCGCCCAGGACAUCAACCGGUUGCUGGAGGAGACCCAGGCUGAGCUAAUGAAGGCUAUUCCAGAUUUGGACUUUGCUGCCAAGCAGAUCAAGCCCUCCUCCAACACACCAACCUCCCUGAACCCCCAAAGUGGGGCAGGAACCCCAGAGAACCGCGCCAGCAAGCCCCAGCACAAGCUGUCUGGCAAAGAAGGAGGAUCCAGGCGUGGCUCUGAUGAGCUAACAGUACCACGGUAUCGCACAGAGAAGCCCUCCAAGUCUCCUCCUCCUCCACCACCCAGACGCAGUUUCCCGUCAUCUCCAGGCAUAACCAGCCGCAGCGGAGAGCCCCUCAUUCCUGGAAAAAGUAUAAAGAAGUCUGAAUCUGAAGAGACUGAAGGCCAGAAGCCUCAUGUAAAACUGAGGAGGGCCGUGUCUGAAAACCCCCGUCCUGCGUCUACACCCCCAACACUUGCGUCCGGGGACAAGGAGGAGGGAGAGGAGGAGAAAAUUGCUGCUGAGUUGGAGGGAAGCCGUUUGUCUCCUGUCCCCCACAUCGUGUUGACAGAGUAUUUUCCAGCUUCACCCACUGCCUCAGAAGAUCCUGUCAGAGAUUCAGGAAAUGACCCAGUGGAUGAGAGUCCAUCACAAGAUUGGACUGCUCAUCACGCUGUCCACCAGACUCAAAUUAAAAAAGAAAGAGAUCCAGUUGGAAGUCCUCCACAGCGAGGUCAAGAGCAGUGUUCUUUUAAAGAUAUGGAGUUAAAACAAGAGGUUGCCCUGUUGUUGACAGAGCUGGAGGUGAGGGUGGUGUCUCCUGUUGAGGUCCAGGAGCUCAACAGGAAUAUAGGAGAAGCCCUGCAGACUCUGAUUAUCACACCACUGACUAAUGAAGUCCCAGAGGUCCAGCUGAGUGUCCGGCCUCUCCUAGUACUCUUCAGAGGGUUAAAAACAGUCAGCGAUGUCUACAGGCUGCUGCAUUCCCUUUUGGAGUCAUCCAAGCCGGUGCCCAAACCCAGAAUAAAAUCCUCCCGCCACUUGAGGCAGCAGAGCUCUCUGGUGGAGGCUCUGAGAAGAGGGAUAGAGACAGGGGAUAGAGUGCUGACACUUCAGCACAACACUGAAAUUAAGAUUCCUGAGGUACAGCAGACAUCAGUAAAGGUUACUCUUGAGUCCAGUGGGUCAGCUAGCUCUGUGGACAGUCUAUCCAAGGAGAGCCAGAGGACAAUGAGAGAAGAUAUCAAAAGCAGCACCUACAGGAGGCUGGACAGCUUGGAGGAGACAAUUCGUGAGCUGGAGAACACCUUGAUAGAGAUCAGUGGCCAUCCAUCCUCAGAGCCGCUCUGCGCUGAGGCAACCAACAAAAGCACACCUGUACAGAUGACAGGCAGCCCGACAUCAGAGACGAAGAAGCCACCGGUCCCACCCAAGCCGGCCUCUUUCAGCCCAGCAUCGAUCCAGGGAGGGAACAGUUCAAGCAUUGGUAAGGUCCUCCACUCCUCUGCUGCCUCCAAACUGAAGCACCUGCAGCAGAACAGCACAGAUAAGACUAAAAGUAGCAGAAGAGAGGACUUUCUGAAGAGCCAGGGCCAGCAACAGCAGUGAGCGACCUGUCCGUGUCCAGCCUCUUCAGCUUCCUCCUCCUCCUGUUCACGUGACUAGAGAGCCACAUACAUACAUCCGCC